AUGAAAUUAGUAUACUUUAAAAAAUUAAUAUACUAUCCCUUUUUUGGAGAUAUUUGGAAAGAAUAUAUAACAAAUUAUUAUUGGAAUGAUGCCAAAUAUCCUACUUAUUUUACAUCAUGCAAUAGUAUUAAGGGUAUUAGUAAAGACACUACGUCUGAGAUUGAGAAAACAACUAUUUGUGCAAGAUUUUUAACAUAUUUGAAGGCGCUGUAUAGUAAUUCUACAUCUGGUGGCGAAUUAAAUAAAAAUUGUAAGAAUAUAUACUAUUGGUUAUUUUAUGAAAUGAAGGAACGAACAAAUAAUAAUGUAUUUAUUAAAAAUAUAUUAGAAAAAUCAAAUAACCUAGAAGAGAAGCCAUCAGAAAAUGAUGGCUGUUAUAAUUCGAAGCUAUAUGAAUAUUUUGAUGAAACAAAAGAAUUAGUAAUGUUAAGUAUAUUUAAUGAUAAUAUUAAUGAUAUUCUAGCAAUUUUAUACAGAAAUGGUGAUUCUAAUCUAUCUUCUUGUAAAGAAUUUAUCAAAGAAUGUGUAUAUUUAUAUAAAAGUAUGUAUAAGAAACACUGUUCAAAAGGUGAGAACACGGAGGACACCAAAAUAUCAUUCAUAUGUGACAUAGUAAAAAUGUUUAAAGAAUUAUAUUGUUCAAAUAUUUACAAUAAGUUACCAAAGAAUAAUAAUUUUCCAGAUUUAUCUGAUAAUACUACUAUAAAUAAUAUGGAGGGAUGCCCAUCAGAAGAAAUUCAGUCAGAUAACGCUCCCACAGUACAAAGGAAAGAAUCAGAUCCUUAUAUAAUUCAAAGCGUACCCCCUGCUCUUGGCUUAAUGGCUGGAAUACCCCCUCUUUUAUUAUUAAUAUAUAAAGUAAAUACAAUUUUUAUUCAAAUUUUUAAAAUAUUGUAA